ACAGAUGAACAGAGCAUAAAUAUCACUCUUGCAUCGUUGAAGCGUCGUUCUAAAAAGAAUCUCCGGAACAUAGCGGUGAUUGACAAAUUCUUACAGGGUUUCUCUGGUUUGCCGCUAUCUUUCACAAUCAACCUCGAAAUUGAAAUGGCUUCGACCCUUUUGAGUAAAACCCUUUUGGUUAAUCGAUUCAUUCAUUCUUUCUCCUCUCCGUCUGGCAACACCCAGAUUUUUACUUCCGUUUUCUGUAAGAAAUUGUUUCAGUUUCAAGCUAACUCAACCAAUGUAGCAUAUAAUCCCACUCGGCGAUUCUCUUCUUUCAUGGCUUCCUCUGUAUCCACGCAUAGAGCUCAAUUUUCGUCGAAAUCCUUCACCACUGAUGAUCCUGUUGUUUCCCCUGACUGGCUCCAUUCUAAUCUCAAACAGCCUGACUUGAAGGUUUUAGAUGCAUCUUGGUACAUGCCAGAUGAACAGAGGAACCCUAUUCAGGAAUACCAGGUGGCUCACAUCCCUGGUGCUCUUUUCUUCGAUGUAGAUGGAGUAUCUGAUCGAACUUCGAAGUUGCCACAUAUGUUGCCAUCAGAGGAAGCUUUUGCUGCUGUGGUCUCUGCUCUUGGCAUUGACAACAAAGAUGGUGUGGUUGUUUAUGAUGGCAAAGGACUUUUUAGUGCGGCUCGUGUCUGGUGGAUGUUCAGAGUAUUUGGGCACGACAGAAUUUGGGUGCUAGAUGGAGGAUUGCCGAAAUGGCGUACGUUAGGAUAUGAUGUUGAAUCCAGUGCAUCUGGUGAUGCUAUUUUGAAAGCUACUGCUGCAAGUGAGGCAAUAGAGAGAAUUUAUCAGGGGCUAGCUGUCGGGCCAAUUACAUUUCAGACCAAGUUUCAGCCACAUCUGGUCUGGGACCUCGAGAAGAUUCAAGAGAAUAUUGCAGGAAGAACUCACCAACACAUAGAUGCUCGUUCAAAGGGCAGAUUUGAUGGGACUGUCCCAGAACCUCGGAAAGGAAUCAGAAGUGGCCAUGUUCCUGGCAGCAAGUGUAUUCCUUUUGCCCAGAUGCUGGAUAGUUCGCAGUCACUUUUACCCGCAGAUCAGCUCAAGAAACGAUUCGAACAAGAAGGCAUCUCUUUGGAUAGCCCUGUUGUAACUUCUUGUGGCACUGGUGUUACUGCCUGCAUUCUUGCAUUGGGCCUCCAUCGACUUGGGAAACAAGAUGUUGCAGUUUAUGAUGGAUCUUGGAGUGAAUGGGGAGCUCAUUCCGACACACCUGUUGACACUGCUGCUUCAUAAAUGGUGCAGCAUCCCUUCCUUCUCUUUACAAGUAUUCUCCUUGUAAAUGUUUAGUAGAGUUUUUGUUUCUUUGAAAAGAAAGUUACCUGAGAAGAACUUCAUUUACAUUGGUGCUCUCUCCUCUAAAGUUGAUUAGUGGAAAUAAAUUCAUGUUCUAUUGGCUGUU